GGUUCCUAGGUCGGCCGGGUCGCGAUGGCGUGCCUUCGGGCUACGUACAGUUCCCAGUCAAUAGCCGGCAACUGGGUCUGCAGGUUUCCGGGUUGCUGCGGCCUUCAGAGCCCCUUUGGGACCCAGUUGGAGGUUGCUCAACAGCAACAGCAGCAGCAGCAGAAUAUCCCACGUGCGAUGCCCGGUAACAUCACACCCAACGCCUUGCAGGAGCUACUCCGCACCCUCAAGUCUCCCAGUUCGCCCCCGCAGCAGCAGCAGGUUUUGAACAUCCUCAAGUCCAACCCGCAGCUCAUGGCCACCUUCAUCAAGCUAAAGUACCAAGCCAACCAGCCGCUGCAACAUCAGCAGCAGCAGGACCCUCAAACAAUGGCAGGGUUUGCGGCCGCGAUGCAGGCCAUGAUGCAGGCACAGAGGACUGGUAUCGGUACGCGCUUAACUUUUUUCCGAAUCAGCUUCUUAUUACUGUCUACGACGUGACUCUCUUCUCAUUCAU